AUGGAGGGGGUACUUGUGAAAUUGUUGUGGUUGUUGUUAUGGGUUUUCAUAGUUUUAUUGGUUCAAAACCAAAACCAUGGAGUGGAAGGUUGUGUUGAAGAGGAGAGGAUUGGCUUGCUUCAACUCAAGGCCUCUUUCAUUGAUGAGAUAAGCCAUAAUUUGGUUCUACCUUCAUGGCUUGAUGAGAGAGAAAGUGAUUGCUGUGACUGGGAGAGAGUUGCUUGCAACCACACCACAGGCAGAGUGGUGGUGCUCACUCUCGAUGAUCUAGGGCUAUACCACUACUUUUCUGAUGAUGAUCUAUGGCCAUACCAGAACUUAUCUAUUUAUCAUCUAAAUGUCUCCUUGUUUAAACCUUUUGAAGAGCUGUUGAAUCUUGAUUUAUCUUCGAAUUAUUUUUAUGACUCUGUUGAAAAUGAAGGUUUUGAAAGGUUGUUGAAAUUGGAGAUCUUAAACCUUGCUUUUAAUGGCUUCAAUAACAGUGUCCUAGAACCUUUGGGUUCACUCACAUCACUAAAAACUUUAAAUGUCAGUUGGAAUAUGUUGGAAGGACCUCUUCCUGUCAAAGAGCUAUCAGCUCUGAGGAAAUUAGAGAAGUUGGAUCUAAGUGGCAACAGAUUAAAUGCCUCCCUUCUAGUGCAAGGUAAUUUUAAAAUUUGUGAUUCUUUUGCAAUUCAAUAUGUAGGAAUCUGGUGAAGAUUAUUACCACCACCACCAUCACUAUAGCUAAAGUUGUUCUAUGUUUGUACAUCUGGAUUUUGUUUUAAUUUGUAAUUAAUAUGAUUAUUUCUCUUGUAUUUUGAACUGAAGAAGUAUAUAAGAGGUUUAGAAAUAAAGAUAGCUUGUUAGGUUGAGGUUUGCAAAUGUAGAGGUAAUAAUUAAAUAUUUAGACCAUCUUCAACAAUGGAUGUAGAAUUUAAGUCACAUACUUGUGAUAUAUAUAUAUAUAUAUAUAUAUAUAUAUAUAUAUAUAUAUAUAUAUAUAUAUGAUGGUAGAGAAGCUUAAAUCAUAGUACUAUUUUUAAUCAUGUCCUCUUCUCUUCUCUACGUACCCAGAUUACCAAACUUUAUCAAAGUUGAGCAAGCUAGAACACCUGGAUAUAAGCGCCAACCUUUUCAACAAAGACAUUCUAAAGUCGUUGGCUAAUCUCCCAGUUCUUAAAUUUCUAUCACUGCAGGGCAAUGGAAUGGAAGGGCCCCUUUCCAACAAUGAUUUGAUUUCAUUCAAGAACUUGGAGGUUCUAGAUCUGAGCUUUAACAAUCUCUACAGCACUUUGUCUA